AUGCUUUGGGCUGCUCCAGCUCCUGGGCUUUUAGCUGCAUUGGUGUUGCUUACUGGGUUGAGCUGUGAGUCAAACCAGGAGCGAGAGAAGAGGCAGAGGAGAAGCAUCUCUGACGAGCAGCCUCGGCUGUCCUCAGAGCAGGGCAAUUUAGUGUUCCAUGCUGGCUCCAGCAAAAACAUUGAAUUCAGAACAGGACCACUGGGGAAAAUCAGAAUCAAUGAAGAAGACCUUGCAGAGAUUUUUAGUCAGGUGAGAGAGAAUGGUGCAGAGAUUCAAGAACUUCAAAAAGCCAGCAGUGCCUCUCAGAAUGUGUCCCAGCAGCUUGCUCUGCUGCUCUCCAAGGUCACCAGUCUUGACAACAAACUUCAAAGCUUAGAUCAGGUGGUCCAGGGGAAAGCCUGCAGCAGCAGCCCCUGUAAGAACUCAGGCACCUGUGUGAACUUGAUAGAUGGUUUCUUCUGCCUCUGUCCCAGCAACUGGCAGGGUCUCCUGUGCUCAGAGGACGUUAAUGAAUGCCAGACUUAUGCUGGAACAGCCUUGGGCUGCCAGAACGGAGCCACCUGUGUGAACACCCCGGGCAGCUACAGGUGCUCCUGCACUCCAGAGACCUACGGGCCUCACUGUGCCUCCACGUUUGAUGACUGCCAGGAAGGACAUGAGGCAGCCUGUGAGCAUGGCAUCUGCAUAGAUGGAGAGAGGGAGCAGCACAACCAGCCCAAGUACCACUGUGUCUGUGACCCUGGCUGGAUGUCCCCUCCUGGCAGCCCUGCCUGCAGUGCUGACAUUGAUGAAUGCAGCCUCCCUAACCCUCCGUGUUCACAGACUCCACUCGUGGAGUGCCACAACACAGCAGGCUCCUACUAUUGUGGCUCCUGCCCCACAGGCUGGCAAGGAAAUGGCCACAGUUGCCAAGACAUUGAUGAAUGCAGAAUUAACAAUGGAGGCUGCUCACCCCUGGUUCAGUGCAUCAACACAAUGGGAUCCUUCCACUGCGGGCUCUGCCCACCAGGUUAUGAGGGAGAUGGACAGACCUGCACCCAGGUUGAUAUCUGCUCAAUAAAUAAUGGAGGGUGCCAUCCCCUGGCUAAUUGUACCUCAGCUCCAGGGCUGGUGCCAUUCUGCUCCUGCCCAUCUGGGCACACUGGGAGCGGCUAUGGGCCACAUGGGUGCUCUCCUCUCAGUGACAUCUGCCAGCUGCAGAACCCUUGUGCCAACGGACAGUGCUUGGCAGUGAUCUCUGGGUAUUUCUGCCUGUGCCAGGCGGGCUGGACAGGCUCUAACUGCACCGAGAACAUCGACGAGUGCAUCAGCAGCCCGUGCCAGAACGGAGGCACCUGCGCUGACGGGGUCAACGGCUACUCCUGUGAGUGCACCAGUGCCUGGACAGGACCACAGUGCCAGACAGCCCAGCAAGUUUGUGGAGGCUAUCUCUCAGGCUCCAGGGGGACAUUCAGUUACCCUAACAACCCAAACAGCCAGCAGUACAGCAGCGGGGUCAGCUGUGCUUGGGUUGUUCAGACCGAUACAAACAAGAUCCUGCAUGUUACCUUCCCACUCUUCCAACUGGAGACAAGCAGUGACUGUAACUCUGGCUUCCUGCAAGUCCACGAUGGGCCUUCAGCCUCCAUGCAUAUGCUGGGAAAGUACUGUGGUUCCUCAGCUCCUGCAGAGCUUUUCAGCUCCCACAACUCCCUGUACUUUUGGUUCUACUCAAGCCAGACCAUUUCAGCUGGAGCGUUUACUGCUCAGUGGGAAUCUCGGGAGCCUGAGUGUGGUGGUGAGCUGACAGGCACUUACGGCUCGAUAAGCUCUCCAGGAUACCCUGGUAACUAUCCUGUAAACAGAGACUGUCUCUGGACCAUCUCAACCAGCCCUGGCCUCCUUAUCACAUUUGCCUUUGGCACACUAAGCCUAGAACACCAUGAAAAUUGCAGUUAUGACCAUUUAGAGAUUCGAGAUGGCCUUCUUCCACAGGACCCUGUCCUUGCUAAGUACUGUAGCACUGGAUCUCCACCCCCACUCCAAACCACUGGUCCAUAUGCAUGGAUUAAAUUUCACUCUGAUGACUUAGUUACUGAUAAAGGCUUCCACAUCCUCUAUACAACAUCUCCUGCAGAUCCAGGUUGUGGAGGCAAUUACACGGGUAGUGAAGGGGUUAUCACAUCCCCUUUCUGGCCUAACCCUUAUGUCAACAACCGACAGUGUAUCUACAUCAUCAGGCAGCCAGAGGACGAAAAAAUACACCUCAACUUCACUCACAUGGAGCUGGAGAGCCACACUGGUUGUUCAUCAAGUUAUAUCGAGGUUCGAGAUGGUGACAGUGAGAUGUCUCCUCUUAUUAGCAAGUUCUGUCACAGUACACUCAGGUCUCCAAUCACUUCCACCAGCAACAGUGUCUGGAUCAAGUUCAAGUCUGAUGCCUCUGUGCAAAGGGCCAACUUCAGAGCCAUUUAUCAAGUUGCCUGUGGAGGCUCCUUGUCUGGAGCAGGCACUAUCCGUUCACCUUACUAUCCCAGAAUGCCCCCCCACCCAAAGACCUGUGAGUGGAUCAUCUCCCAGGCAGCUGGCAAAGCGGUGAUUCUUCACUUUAUUGACUUUGACAUCCGAAAUGCAACUACCUGUGAUUCAGACUACAUUGAGGUCAGAGAUGGCAACAGCAGAGACUCUCCUCUUCUGGAGAAAUACUGUGGUACAGCUGUACCAUCUAGAGUGCAAUCUACAUGGAACAGUCUCUAUAUAAGAUUCAGAGCUUCCUCUCUUACCAACCUUGGAUUCAGAGCUGAGUACUGGCCAUCAGAUACAGUCUGCGGAGAGACUCUCACCGGAGCGGAAGGAACCAUUACAAGUCCUGUUCAUCCAGACACCUUCCCACAUGGAGUUAACUGCAUUUGGGUUAUCAGCAUCCAGCCUGGCCACCUCAUCCGCCUGACAUUCACUUCAUUUCACCUGCCCUUCGACUACAGCUGCAGGGAGGAUUAUCUUGAAAUAUAUGACAACAGCACUCUGCAGCAGCUGGGAAGGUACUGUGGAAGAUCAAUUCCACCCUCUCUCACUAGUGGUGGCAACCUGAUGACUUUGUACUUCGUGACUGAUCACAGCCUGGCCUCUGAGGGCUUCUCAGCUAAUUAUAUCUCCCUGGAUUCAUCAAAAGUGUGCUCACACAACUACAGUGCUGACGCUGGUGUGCUGAUGUCUCCAAACUUCCCCAACCCCUACCCUGUGGAGAUGGAGUGCAUCUACACCAUCACCGUGGGCAUGAACAGGCAGAUUGUGCUGCGCUUCACCAACUUCAGCCUGGAGGGGAACAGACGCUGCACAGAGGAUUACGUAGAAAUCAGAGAUGGAGGCUAUGAAACUUCUCCUCCUCUCGGGAAAUACUGCGGUUCAGACCUGCCUCCUGUAAUAAUCUCUCAUGGCAACAAGCUGUGGAUCAAGUUUGUAAGUGACAUAUUUGGCACAAGAACAGGAUUUUCAGCAGAGUGGGAUGGUACCUCAGCAGGUUGUGGUGGGACUUUGACAACAGCUUCUGGUAUCUUCAUGUCUCCCAACUACCCUAUGCCUUAUUACCACAAUUCAGAGUGCUACUGGUUGCUCAGAGGAAGCCAAGGGACCCCAUUUGAAAUCCAGUUUGAACAGUUCCACCUAGAGUACCACCCAAACUGCAACUUGGACUACCUUGCUGUCUAUGAUGGCAACAGCAGUAGUGCUAAAGAGCUGGGGAAGUUCUGUGGGGAGCAGGUGCCACAGCUCAUCCGUUCCAGCAGAGACAGUGUCUAUGUGAAACUAAGGACAGAUCACAGCCAGCAAGGUGGAGGCUUUCUAGCCAAAUACAAGCAGGCGUGCCAGGGAGUGCUGACUGUGAACCGCAGCCACGGCAUCUUGGAAAGUUUGAACUAUCCAAACAAUUACCCCCUGAGCCAGCACUGCAGCUGGACCCUCCAGGCUCCAAGGGGCAACACUCUCAACUACAGCUUCACAGCCUUUGAUGUAGAAACUGGGCCUGACUGUGACCGUGACUUCUUGAAGCUCUAUGAUGGGCCUGAUGUACAGUCCAGCCUGAUAGGCACUUUCUGUGGACAGUCCCUUCCCCUGGCAGGGGGUACCACAGGGACCAGCCUGCACGUGGUGUUUUACUCUGAUGGACUGAACGCUAGGAGUGGGUUCCAGAUGCAGUGGCACGUCAAUGGUUGUGGAGGAGAGCUAUCUGGUCCUUCUGGUUCCUUUCACAGCCCUGGCUACCCCAACAGUUACCCAAGAAAUAGGGAAUGCAUCUGGUACAUUCACACAGCACCUGGCAGCAGCAUUCAACUCACCAUCCGGGAUUUUGACGUUCAGUACCACCCAAACUGCAACUACGAUGUUUUGGAGGUCUAUGGGGGUCCUGAUUUCCUCUCUCCCAGACUAGCCCAGCUCUGUGUCUCAAGAUCAGCACAGAACCCACUGCGCAUCUCUACUACUGGCAAUUCGGCUGUGGUCCGCUUCAAGACAGAUGCAGUAGGGACAGGGAAAGGUUUCAGUGCCUCCUGGCAGGAAAAUCCAGGUGGCUGUGGUGGUAUUUUCCAAGCUGCCAGCGGGGAAAUCCAUUCUCCAAACUAUCCUCAACCUUAUAAUAACAACACAGAUUGCUCUUGGGUUAUCCAAGUUGACUACAGCCACAGAGUCCUCUUGAACUUCACGGAUUUUGACAUUCAGAAUCACCCUUCCUGUGACUCUGACAGCGUUGCAGUAUUUGAUGGACCUAGCAAUGAAGCACCCCUACUGAGGAAGCUGUGUGGAACACAGCAGCCUCCUGCCAUCACCUCCUCCAAGAACCUGCUGUACCUCCACCUGCGCUCCAGCACGGCCACGCGGCACCGCGGCUUCAGCGCGCGCUUUGCUGAGGCCUGUGGAAGUUUCAUAGAAUCAGAUUCAGUUGGGGCAGCAAUUUCCUCUCCUCUGUAUCCUGCCAAAUACCCAAACAAUCAGAACUGCAGCUGGAUUAUUCAAGCUCAGGAACCAUUCAACCACAUCACCCUCUCCUUCACUGACUUUGAGAUCGACAGCAGCAGACAAAACUGUACUGGGGACUUCCUGGAGAUCCUGGAUGGCAAUAACUACCAGGCCCCUCUUCGAGGCCGUUACUGUGGCACUGCGGUCCCAGAUCCUGUCACUUCUUUUGGUAAUGCCUUGGUGGUGAACUUCAUCUCCAACAGCUUUGUUACUGCCAGGGGCUUCCAUGCUACCUACGCUGCAUCAUCUUCAUCCUGUGGGGGCUCUUUCCACAUGGAGAGUGGAGCUUUCAGCAGCCCUGGCUAUCCCGAGCCCUACCCGAUCAAUACCGAGUGCGUCUGGAGGAUCCUCAGCUCCCCUGGCAACCGGCUCCAGCUGUCCUUCAUAGCGUUUCAGAUGGAGGAGAGCAGCAGCUGCACCAAAGACUACCUGGAGAUCCGUGAGGGGAGCAGAAGCGGCCGGCUGGCAGCGCGGCUCUGUGGGCACACCCUGCCUUCCAACUACACAUCCACUCUUGCACACGUCCUGUGGGUCAAGUUUGUCUCAGAUGGCUCAGGCACUGAUGUUGGCUUCAAGGCCACAUUCUCUCACUUGUAUGGAAAUGACAUCGUGGGGAGCAGAGGACAAAUAGCUUCACCACUGUGGCCCAGAAGUUACCCUUCCAAUUCCAACUACCAGUGGCGAAUAAGCGUCAAUGCCUCCCAGGUUAUCCAUGGCCACAUCCUCCAGAUGGACAUGGAAAGGCACUACAGGUGCUACUAUGACAAGCUAAAGGUGUACGACGGGCCCAGCGUUCACGCUCGCUCUGUGGCCACCUACUGCGGCGCAGACCUUGCUUCGUUUGUGUCCUCCGGCAGCUCCGUCACAAUCCAGUUCCAGUCAGAUUCAUCUGUCACUGGAAAAGGCUUUCUUUUGGAGUGGUCUGCGGUGGAUGCUCCUGCUGUUACACCAGCCCUUGCUAGAGGUGCGUGUGGAGGCGCUGUGACAGCUGCAGAGACACCUUCGCCCCUCUUCUCCCCGGGCUGGCCCAGCAACUACAGAAACUUUGAUGACUGCAUGUGGCUUAUCAGAGCUCCUGGGUCCACGGUGGAGUUGAAUAUCCUGGCCCUAGACAUAGAAUCCCACAGCUCAUGCGACUACGACAGACUUGUUAUCCGAGACGGAGACACUAGCCUCUCUCCAGUGCUGGCCACUCUGUGUGGCCGAGAGCCUCCUGGGCCGAUCAGAUCAAGUGGAGAGGAGAUGUUCCUUCACUUCGUGGCCGACGCCAGUGUGACUGGAGCUGGCUUUAAUGCCUCUUACCACAAAAGUUGUGGAGGCUACUUGCACACAAGCAGAGGUGUGAUAACAUCCCCCAACUACCCUCAAGACUAUGCUCCCAAUAUGAAUUGCUCCUGGCGUGUGGUGGUAGCCUCUGGCUUCAUCAUUGCUGUCCAUUUUGAGCAGCCUUUCCAGGUUGAGAGUGAGGAUACUUCCUGCAGCCUUGGGGAUUAUGUAGAGCUGAAAAAUGGGUUAGAUAAUGCUGCCCCACCUUUGGCGUCCAGAGGAGGGAACGGACGUGUCUGUGGCAGCAGCCCCAUCUCUACCAUGCACACCACAGACAAUCAGCUCUUUGUCCACUUCAGUUCUGACAGCAGGAACGAGGGGCAAGGAUUCAAGCUGACAUAUGAGGCCAAGAGUCUAGCUUGUGGAGGGAAUGUUUAUAUCACUGAUUCCAGCCCCACUGGAUAUUUGUCUUCCCCCAACUACCCCAGCAGUUAUCCCCUGCAUGCUGACUGUGUCUGGACCAUAGCUGCUCCGAGUGGGCGAGCAGUGGAGCUGCAGUUUGAAGAUCAGUUCUACAUUGAAGCCUCACCGAACUGCACUUCCAGUUACCUGGAGCUGCGCAACGGUGCCGACUCCACUGCCCCUGUCAUGGCCAAGCUCUGUGGAGGUUUGAUGCCAGGCUCACAGAGAUCCUCAGGAGCUGUCAUGUACCUGAGGUUCAGGUCUGACAGCAGUGCCACCCACGUGGGGUUCAAGGCCAAAUACUCCAUAGCUCCCUGUGGCGGGACAGUGGUAGGACAAACCGGCAUCAUCGAAAGCCUGGGGUACCCUGAGCAGCAGUAUCCAGACAACCUGCUGUGUGAAUGGCUUCUGCAGGGUCCCAGGGGCCACUAUCUUACCAUCAGACUGGAAGGCCUAGAUGUCCAAAACUCCUCUGAGUGCACAAAUGACUUUGUGGAGAUCCGAGAAUACAACGCUUCUGGAAAUGUGUUGGGCAGGUACUGUGGCAACACUCUCCCUGAUGCUGUGGACACCUCUGACAGCUUUGCUUAUGUCAAGUUUGCCACUGAUGGAUCAGUCAGAGCCGGAGGAUUCAGACUGCGCUUUGACUCCAGCACUGAAGAAUGUGGUGGGGAUCUUACUGGCCCUGUUGGAACCUUCACCUCUCCCAACUACCCCAACCACUACCCACACAACCGCGUGUGUGAGUGGCGGAUCGCGGUGGGCGGAGGCCGGCGCGUGGCUCUGACCUUCCAUGACCUGCAGACUGAAGAACACUGGAGGUGCUCAGCAGAUUACGUGGCUGUUUACAAUGGCCUCAGACAGAACUCUCCCCGCCUGGCCAAGCUGUGUGGUGAGGUAAAUCCAGGCACCCAGGUGAAAUCCUCUGGAAACACAAUGAAAGUCAUUUUGGUGACAGACAUGUCCCAAGCCACCAGAGGCUUCAGUGCCUCGUACACAUCUGGGGAAGAAGCAGUUUGUGGUGGAACCCUCAGGGGAUAUGCAGGAGGGAACUUCUCCUCCCCUGGUCACGAUGGUGUCAGCAAUUACACGAGUAACUUGAACUGUGAGUGGACCAUCGCCAACCCCUGGCACUACAACUCCUCCAUCUAUAUCUCCUUUGAGGAUUUCCAGCUGGAGCCGCAGCAGGCCUGCCAGUAUGACCACCUGGAGCUGCGAAUAGGGGAUGCUGAUGGAGAGCUGAUAGCCAAACUUUGUGGUCAGGCUGCACCUUCUGUACCACUAGUCAUAGCUGCCCCCCAGGUCUGGGUGCACUUUGUGAGCGAUGAAAGCACAGAAGAUAAAGGAUUCCUGGCCCACUACACCUUUGAAGCCUGUGGUGGUGUACAGUCAGGUGAAGGUGGAGUCAUCUCAAGUCCUAACUACCCAGAGCCUUACAACAAUCUGAAUCACUGCUCCUGGCUGCUGGAAGCCCCCGAAGGUGAAACCAUCACUCUUACUUUUACAGCCUUCCAGGUUGAAAAUCACUCUCUUUGCAAGUGGGACUCUGUUACCAUCCUGAAUGGUGGCUCUCCUGGCUCUCCUGUCAUAGGAAAGUACUGUGGAAACACAUCCCCUGGCACUAUUCGCUCUGGCUCCAAUAAGCUGCUCAUCAUCUUUAACUCUGACCACUCAGUUCAAGGAGGUGGCUUUCAUGCCACAUGGACAGCAGAAUCUCUAGGAUGUGGUGGAGUCCUUCACUCAGAUAAUGGUGUGAUCAAGUCCCCUCACUGGCCUCAAAACUUCCCCAUCAACACCAGGUGCACCUGGACCAUCAUUACACAUGAAAGCAAACACUUGGAGAUGAACUUCCACAGCAACUUCCAGAUUCCAGACAGCAAUGGAAGCUGCCAGAGCAGCUAUGUGAAGGUAUGGAGAGGAAACGAUGAAGCAGCAGCUGCUUUGUUGACCACAGGAUGUGGAAGUUCGGCUCCUGGCCCUGUUGUUGCUCCAAGCAAUGUGAUAACUGCAGUAUUUCAGUCUCAGGAUGCUCCUGGGGCAGGCUUCUCGGCAUCCUUCAGCAGCAGAUGUGGAGUGAAUGCCACCAGCCCUGCGGGCCGAAUCGUCUCUCCUAACUACCCCAGCCAGUAUGACAACAACCUGAACUGCAGCUAUAUCAUAGACCAGGGGCCACAGUCACUGGUGAUCCUGGAGUUUGAGACUUUCCACCUGGAAGCCCCAGCACUCUUGAGCAGGGUUUGUCUUUACGAUGGACUAAGCAUCUUCAGUGGCACCAGAGUUACCCCACAGCCUCUCAUCACACUCUGUGGCAAUGAGCUCCCUGCCCCAGUCAGUGUCUUUGGACCUAUGCUGCUCAACUUCUACACUGACUCCCACGUUGUGGGCUUUGGAUUCCAGGCACGAUACAGAGCAGUUGCCUGCGGCGGUGCCUUCGGCGGCUCCCUGGGGGUCAUCAGCAGCCCAGCCCACUCCCUGCUGGACUACCACCACAACAUGAACUGCUCAUACCACAUCACAGUUGGAAGCAGCAGAGUGGUGGCCCUCAAAUUCAACAGCUUCCAGCUUGAAAUCUCUCCCUCCUGCUACAAAGACUCUGUGGCAGUGUACGAUGGCUCAGACACCCAUGCUCCUCUGCUUGGCAAAUUCUGUGGCUCAGAGCUGCCUCCAGACAUGAAGAGCUCCAGUAAUAACUUGUUCCUGCUGUUCAGCACUGACUUCUUUGGAGCAGACAGGGGAUGGAAAGCUUCUUUCAGGGAGACCUUAGGACCUCAGGAUGGCUGUGGUGGCUACCUGGCAGAUUCAGCUGGUAGCUUUGGCUCUCCAGUCUCCAAUGUGACCAGAAGAUAUGUGAAGAACGUAGACUGUGUGUGGAUCAUAAGUGCACCUGUGAACAGGCUGAUCAACCUCACCUUCACUUCGUUCGUGCUGGAGGCAGCAUCUGCUGGGGCUUGCCGAUUCGACCGUGUCACACUUUAUGAUGGAGGAGAUGAAAAUGCCAACUUAGCUGGCACGUUCUGUGGCUCUGCAGUGCCAGCUCCAUUUCUGUCCACCCAUAACUCCUUGACUGUGAAAUUCAGCACAGACAGCUCUGUGGAAAGGGAGGGUUUCAAUGCCACCUACAGCACAGUGCCUCGCCCCUGUGGAGGAAUACACAAUGCAACUUCUGCCUCCCUGACCGCAACGUCUCCCAACUUCCCCAACGAGUAUCCUCCAUUUACGCUCUGCACCUGGGUCAUCGAUGCCCCUCCACAGCAGCAGGUCAGGGUGGUGGUAGAAGCCUUCCACCUCCAUCCCAGCCAGGACUGCUCUCAGAACUACCUCGAGCUCCAGGAUUCACCAACACACAGCCAAGGAGCAGUCCACAGGUUCUGUGGCACUGAAGCUUUCCCAGUGCCUGAGUUUUACUCUCAGGACCGCACUGCCGUCGUGACUUUCCGAUCAGCUGAGUACCUGCUUAACAAUGGGCUCAGGUUCACCUAUCAGGCCACAGGCUGCAGCAGAGAGUACCACCAGCCCUUCGGCUACCUGAAGAGCCCUGGCUGGCCUGGCCCUCACCCCAAUAACAUGGACUGUGCCAUCGUCCUGCAGGCUCCCCUCAACCACAGCAUUUCCCUCUUCUUCCAUGCUUUCAGCCUGGAGGACAGCAGCCAGUGCUCACAGGAUUUCCUGGAGGUCAGAAACGGGAGCGAUGCGCAGUCCCCGCUGCUGGGCAGGUUCUGUGGGGGCACUGUGCCCAGCCCCAUCUUCCCCAGCAGUCCUGCUCUCUACCUGCGUUUCAAGAGUGAUGCUGCAGGGGCUGGGGGUGGCUACCACAUUACCUGGACCUCAUCUCCCACUGAGUGUGGAGGGAGGCUGUAUGGCAGCAGCGGCUCGUUCACCAGCCCCAGGUACCCGGCCACGUACCACAACCACACCGACUGCGAGUGGGACAUCGCCGUGCCCCAGGGCCGGACCCUGACACUCCGCUUCGAUUUCAUCAGCAUCGACGACCCGGGGGACUGCAGCAGCAACUACCUGAUGCUGUACGAUGGGCCCGACGGCAGCUGCCCGCCCGUGGGGCCCUUCUGCGGCACGGACACAGCCAUCGCCCCCUUCACCGCCACAGCUCACCAGCUCCACCUCAAGUUCCACGCCGAGUACGCGACCCUGCCCUCGGCAUUCCGGCUCAGCUGGGACAGCUAG